UAUGCGGUAUUAAUUCCAACUCUUGUAAUUCUCUGUACCACCUACAUCUCAAUACAGUUUGUACUCAAUAUGGGUUUAGUUGCCGACCUAGACAAGAUCCAAAUUUCGACUGUAGACUUUCCUUUCAAGGGUUUGGGAUAUAUUGUUAAGGCUGCAACGGAAUUUGUACCAGAGUUGGUGGCUGAAGUUGAAAGUCAGUACAAAGAAUGGUUAACACAAGAGGGUCGAGUUGGUGAACUGAUCGACGUCGAUGUUAUCUCAGCUAUUGACUUGCUUAUUGCAAAAGGACAAUGGGAGAAAGCACUGGAAACAGCUCGACAACAAAAGCACAAACCGCUUCUUGACAAAUAUGUUGCCCAGUACGCUGCCGAACUGCUCACUCACAACGAAAUAGACCUUAUGCUUAGGACUGUGGGUCAAUCCUUCAGCACACCUUCAGAGGAGUUCAAUGCGCUUAGCCCCAUCCGAGACCUCUUCCUUUCAAUUUUUGAAAGGUAUGUUCAUGCUUUGCAUCUGAUGGCUAUACGAAGUGCAAUGGAGACAGAGGAUUCGCAGCAUCUUCGUCUACAACAGUCCAUUUCUCUUCUGAGAUAUUCUGACCUCAUCCCUGCCGACAGAAUCUUUUUUCAAGCCGGUAUCGCUGCCAAGGAUGCUGGCGGAGAUUAUGCACCGUUGGCGUUCUUACUACUGAAUCAUUACCUUGAUCUUGUAGACGCAAUUGACGAAGGAGACACUUCACAAGUUGACUAUUCGCCUUUCGAAGGAACAGACAUACCUUCUGAAGUGCCACUUCCUGAAAGACCUUGGGUAGAGAGUUCUGUACAUGAAGAAAUCAAGGAGUGGGUGUUAGCAACUUCAGUAGACGAUGAAGCUAGACGAGACUUAAAACUUGACUCACGCGGCCUUUUUGAAGCAACUAUUGAAGCAAACGGCGAAAAAUGGCCAGAGUGCAUUAUUACCGGUUAUCCAAUUACGAGGACAAAGGUGGAUUUUGGAGAUCUAUCUGCUGACAAGGACAACCUCAAUCGAUUUCUAAUAGCAAUAAAAACCACUCCGACGGAUCAGCUGAUCAAUGUACAAGAAUUUAUGUCCAGAUGGGCCGAUCAUCCCCUGAAUAUGUCAUUGUGA